AUGAAUGUUGAUAACAUAGAGUGGCUUUGCUUGACCUGUAACAAUUAUUUGAAAAAAGAUAAAAUCCCCCCAUGUGCAAUUGCGAAUGGAUUAAACUUCCCAGUAAAACCUGAUUUCUUUGAUUUAAAUGAGUUAGAAUGUAGACUUGUCGCUCCACGAUUGGCAUUUCAAAAAAUUAUGCAAGCUCCGAGAGGAGGGCAACUCAAAAUAACAGGAAAUGUUGUGAAUGUUCCAGCAGAUGUUUGCAAUACUAUUCACAUGCUUCCCAGAUUAUCUGAGGAUACUGGAACAAUAAAAGUUCAGUUAAAACGCCGACUACAAUAUAAAAGUUCUGCACUUUCUUUAAACGUAAGACCCAGUAAAGUUAUACAAGCUGCUGAUUGGUUGGUAAAUACUAGUGAUUUAUAUAGGGAGCAAGGAUAACAUUUGAUGCGGAUUGGAUAGCUAACUUUAAUCCUGUAAUAUCAAAUGAAGAUAAAGAGAAUGAAAAUAAAACAUCGGUUGAUCAAACUAAUUCAGUUUCUUCAGACGAAGAGUGGAGUGUAGAAGAAGCAGAGAUACCUGCUGGUGUGACUGACAGUAUGUUAUUAACGUCUCCAGAUUUUGUAGAUGAUGAUGAAAGGCAGCACAUAUACAAUGUUGCCCCUGCUGAGGGUGGUAGACCCAUCAGUCUAUUUAGAGAUCAGUUCUCAGAGGAAAUGGCUUACCCAAGAAUAUUUUGGGGUCAAAAGAGACCUGAUAAUAAUCAAAGAUUAAAAACUGUUUACUAUAGCGAAAUAUGCAAAUCAGAAUUAGGACGAUCUCAUCGACGAGCUGCGAUGUGCAUUGAGAAUAUAUUCUUUAAAGCCAAAAAAUUACAGAUGAAUUAUUGCUUGGACAAUCGCAGGUAGCCCUACGAAAGUGCAAAUUGGGAAAUAGAACACUCAAUGCAGGACAGUUGAAAACACCUGAAGGUUUAGAAAGUUUAAUUCGCCAUGAUGAAGGGUAUAAAUUCUUAAGAGCUUUAAGAGGUUCACCACCUUACUUUGAAAAAGCUAAAAAAGACCUGUUUGCCACGAUUCGCCAAUUAGGACCAGCAUCGCUAUUUUGCAGUUUUUCGUCUGCUGAAACAAAAUGGAACCAUUUAUUAAGGAUCCUUGGUAAACUUAUUGAUCACAAAGAUUAUAGUGAUAAAGAAUUAGACAAUCUUACAUGGGAUGAAAAGUGUAGACUUAUCCAAAGUGAUCCAGUAACAUGUGCAAAGCAUUUUGAUUACCAAUUCAAUAUUUUUUAAAACAAUUUUUAAUGAGUGAUAUUGCUCCUGUUGGAAAAAUAAAAGAUUGGUUUUACAGGGUUGAGUACCAGCAGCGAGGGUCAACACAUAUUCACAUGUUAAUAUUGCUUGAAAACGCGCCUGUGUUUGGUGUUGAUAAAGAUGAAGAUGUCACUGCAUUCAUUGACAAAAUAAUAACAUGUGGUAAGCCAGAAAAUGACUCAAAAUUACUUGAAUUUGUAAACAGACAAACUCACAAGCAUUCUCACACGUGCCGAAAAAAGCCCAAAAAAUUUGCAGAUUCAAUUAUCCUCAACCACCAAUGAGAUCUACACAGAUACUUUAUCCACUGGAUGAUGAUACUUCUCGGACUGUAAUAAGAAGCAGAAAAGACGUAUGGAAAGACAUUAAGAAUAAACUGAAUGAUCUGAAAAAGGGUGAAGACAUGACAUUUGACCAACUUCUAAAAGAUUUAGAUGUUUCAGAACAUGACUAUAUUCUUGCAAUUAGAUCAUCGAUUAAUUGUCCAACAAUAUUUCUAAAACGAAGUCCGAAUGAAUUAAGAAUUAAUAAUUACAAUCCUGUAUGUCUCCAAGCAUGGCGAGCUAACAUGGACAUUCAGUUUGUGCUUGAUGUUUAUGCCUGCGCAAUGCAUAUUGUCUCCUACAUUUCAAAGGCACAAAAAGGCAUGAGUGAAUUGUUACGCAAAGUUUGUGCUGAAGCUAAACAGGGAAAUUCCAGUAUAAAGCAACAGGUUCGCGAUAUUGGAAACAAGUUCUUAAACUCAAUAGAAAUAAGUGCCCAAGAGGCGGUGUAUAUCAUUCUCCAACUUCCAAUGCGGAAGUGCUCUCGAAACGUCGUGUUCGUUAACACAUUCCCAUCAUGUGAUCGGGUUGAACUACUGAAACCAUUAUGUGAAAUUGCGAAAAUGUCAGAUGAAUCGGAAGAAAUCCAUUCAGGUGGUCUUCUCCAAUGA